UUGAAAAUGCUUUAUUUAAUUUGGAAAUAAGAUAAUCGGAGGUUGAACUAAACCCUAACUUCAAAUGUUUGCAAGUAGAUAGUAAGCGGUAAUCGCUUUCAUACUGAUUGACUAGUCCGACUACUGUGGAGCAGGGCUGCCCUAGCAGCCAGUCAAGAUGGACACCGCUGAAGAAGCGGAUAUCUGCCGGGUCUGUCGGUCCGAGGGGACCCUGGACAAGCCACUCUACCACCCCUGUGUCUGCACUGGCAGCAUCAAGUUCAUCCAUCAGGAAUGCCUACUACAGUGGUUGAAACACAGCAGGAAAGAAUACUGUGAAUUAUGCAAACACAGGUUUGCAUUUACACCAAUCUACUCUCCAGACAUGCCGUCUCGCUUGCCUGUCCAGGAUAUCUUCGCAGGGCUGGUCACCAGUAUUGGAACAGCCAUCAGAUACUGGUUCCACUACACACUGGUGGCCUUUGCCUGGCUUGGCGUGGUGCCUCUCACAGCAUGUCGCAUCUACAAGUGUUUAUUUACCGGCUCUGUGAGCUCUCUCCUUACCCUUCCAUUAGAUAUGCUUUCAACACAAAACCUGCUUGCAGACUGUCUCCAGGGUUGUUUUGUGGUCACUUGCACGCUGUGCGCCUUCAUCAGCCUAGUGUGGCUCAGAGAGCAGAUUGUCCAUGGUGGCGCCCCUCACUGGUUAGAGCAGAAUCAACCCCCUUUGGUUCCCAACCAGCCCAACGGCCCUGCACCAGCUAAUGAGGUUCCAGGUGGUAACGGCGCAGUCAACGCCCAGGCUGCCGCAGACGCCGCAGCAGCCCAGAACCCUGCAGACCCUGCUGCGGACGGGCUGGCUCCCGCCAACCCACACGAAGCUGGCAACCAGGGAGAUGAGGCUGAACUUGACGACGACGAUGAAGAUGAUGAUGGGGAGGAAGACGAAGAGGAGGAGGAGGAGGAUGAGGAAGGCAGGGAAGAGGAUGCUGCUGAUGCCAAUAAUGGAGGACAAGAAGAUUUGAACUGGAACGCUCUGGAGUGGGACCGUGCAGCAGAGGAGCUGACCUGGGAAAGGAUGUUGGGGCUGGAUGGCUCCCUAGUUUUCUUGGAGCAUGUCUUCUGGGUGGUGUCUCUCAACACACUCUUCAUCCUUGUCUUUGCUUUUUGUCCGUAUCACAUUGGUCAUUUCUCAGUGGUUGGACUGGGCUUUGAAGACUAUAUCAAAGCUUCACACUUUGAGGGCCUCCUCACCACCAUACUGGGGUACAUCCUCCUGGCUGGAGCUCUCAUGGUCUGCCAUGCUUUGGCUUCAUUGGUAAAGUUCCAGCGGUCCAGGCGCCUUCUGGGUGUCUGCUACAUUGUUGUCAAGGUGUCCCUUCUGGUUGUCAUGGAGAUAGGCUUGUUCCCUCUGAUUUGUGGCUGGUGGCUCGACAUUUGCUCGCUGGAGAUGUUUGAUGCCACUCUGAAAGACAGAGAACAGAGUUUUGACUCUGCUCCUGGUACCACCAUGUUCCUGCACUGGCUGGUGGGCAUGGUCUACGUCUUCUACUUUGCCUCUUUUAUUCUUCUGCUUAGAGAGGUACUCCGGCCAGGUGUGCUGUGGUUUCUGAGGAACCUGAACGAUCCAGACUUCAACCCAGUCCAAGAGAUGAUCCACCUCCCCAUCUACAGACAUCUCCGGAGGUUUAUUCUCUCUGUGGUGGUGUUUGGUUCCAUAGUUUUGCUGAUGCUUUGGCUUCCUAUAAGAAUUAUUAAACUGCUCUUCCCAACCUUCCUUCCCUACAACGUCAUGCUUUACAGUGAUGCCCCUGUUAGCGAGCUGUCGUUGGAGCUGCUGUUGCUACAGGUUGUUCUUCCAGCCUUGCUGGAGCAGGGUCACACUCGCCAGUGGCUCAAACGUCUUGUCCACGCUUGGACUUUCACAGCUGGAUACAUGUUUGACCUGCACUCAUACCUGCUCGGGAGCCAUGAAGAGGAUGACAACCAACCAAACAACAAUCCCCUCGGUCGCCAUAACAACAACCGGAUCCCCGGCCUGGGGGAGGGGCUUCACGCUGCCCAUCAGGCUAUUCUGCAGCAGGGUGGUCCUGUGGGUUUCCAGCCAUACCACCGGCCUGUCAACUUCCCCCUCAAGAUCAUUCUAUUGGUUGUCUUCAUGUGUGUGACGCUGUUACUGGCUAGUCUGAUCUGCCUUACAAUGCCAGUGUGUGUGGGUCGCUGGCUGAUGUCUUUCUGGAUGGGCAGUGCCUUGGUUCAUGAGCUGUACACCGCAGCCAGCGGUCUGUACGUCUGCUGGCUGUCCAUUCGAGCCGCCACAGUGCUGCUGUCCUGGAUGCCACAGGGACGCACUGUCAUCAUGCUUAAAGUCCAUGAGUGGACGCUCAUGAUCCUAAAGACCAUCAUUGUGGCCGUCCUGAUAGCCGGGGCAAUACCUCUGUUGUUGGGUCUGCUGUUUGAGCUGGUCAUCGUCGCUCCUCUCAGAGUCCCACUGGACCAGACGCCACUCUUCUAUCCCUGGCAGGACUGGGCGCUUGGCGUGCUCCAUGCUAAAAUCAUUGCUGCCAUCACACUGAUGGGCCCUCAGUGGUGGCUCAAAACUGUCAUUGAGCAGGUCUAUGCUAAUGGUAUCAGAAACAUCGACCUCUAUUUCAUCUUGCGAAGGCUGGCUGCCCCGGUCAUUUGCGUCCUGCUGCUGUCUCUCUGUGUGCCCUACACCAUCUCUAAAGGCAUAACACCACUGCUUGGUGUGCAGCCAGAGAUGCAGACGCUGGUGGAGAGGAGAAUCUAUCCGUUCCUGCUAAUGGUGGUCAUACUGUUGGCCAUUCUGUCCUUCCAGAUACGACAGUUCAAACGCUUAUAUGAACACAUCAAAAAUGACAAAUACUUAGUUGGACAGAGACUUGUGAACUAUGAGCGCAAGACAGGAGGAGCACGUCCACCUCCUCCUACAGCACCUCCUCAUAGACCUGACACUGCUGUGGGAUCAGUGGAGCUGACUCACUCUGCCCAGCGCUGGGAGCUAACGUCAGCUCCCGUGGUGAAACCUUUUUGUUUCCUCUCUGCUUGACUGUCAACUUCAAACACAACCUCUAAACUUUUGACUGCACACUAGUACUUUUAUUCACCUACUACAAUCACAGGUUUGGAGACACAGACCUUGAAGAAUGAAGACAAAAGAGUCUCAGCUGAAUUUCUUAACAGGGUUGUUAGUCAACCCGUAAAAAAUAUGUCAUGAUUGAAACUCAGCAGAACCACAACUUUUUCGACUGUCCAUCCUGUCUUAGGCGUCCAUUUUUGUCUUCAAUGCGGCAGAUGUUUUAAGUUGUUACAGUGUGAGAUGAAGUCAGGUCAGCUGAGCAUGGCUUUUUACCUCAGAUCGUGCUUCCCUUUUGAAUGUUUGCUGUGAAAUACUGUUUAGGUCACGCUAAGUGUCCCUUCAAGGGACAUUUCAGAGCUGUAGGCCAAAUAUUUGGACUGUAAAGGGGACAUCCUUGUGGUUCUGUUCCUGUUUUAGAUUCAUCUCAAAUGGCACCCUUCAUCAGAUCGAGGUUGUCAGUGACAAGGAGGGACAUACACGAUGUAGCAAUGUGGUUGUUUUUUUUUUGUGCAUUUUUUUUUUAGAUGUUUUUACUAGAUGUGUUUUUAUUGAUUUUUAGUGUUACAUUUCUGGAGUGAGCUGUUAGAUAAUCCUUUGAGGAUUGUUUUUGAACUAAAGAUGUAGAAAAAAAGAGAAGAAAGUGACAAUUUAGACUUUUUUUUUUUUUUUUUUUUUUUUUUUCCUCUUUGAAGAUGUUCUUCUAUGAGUUGUCCUGGCUGUUUACUGCCUUCCUGAACUUUUGGUUGCUUACAGACACUUAAGAACAAGUCAAAUCAACCUUCAGGAGAGGAGAGUUUAUGAACCUGAAAAAUAAAGUUCUGUGUUGGAGUACAGCAUGUAAAAAUUGUGGCUUCAGAUAAGAACAUUUUAACUAGAAAAGCAGCCGUUCAGAGUUUCAGAAUGUGCUUGUGUACCACCCUUAGACUGACACUGAUUAUUUCAUAGAAAUAUUUAUUCUCUGAGAAUAAAAAAAUAUGAUUGUGAGCCAAGUGGGUGUCAGGGGCUUGUAGUGCUGCUAAUCAGUUGCCUGCAUCAACAGUAAGCAGACAACAGCUAAAAACAACUCUAAAUAACAAAACACUGAUUUUCAUUGGAAAAAUGUGACUCAAGUGACAAAGGCUUUCUCACAGGAAAUCAGAAAAUCAGAGGCUAGAUGUGGCUGCCUUUUUUCCUUUUACAUUUUUUAUCUACUAAAAACUCAGAAGGUUUUCUUUCUUUUUUUUUUUUUUUUUGCUGUCACUUGCUAAGCCCAAUCAGUCAGGUUGUGACAGAUCUCAUGUUGAUGACAUGUUUUCUAGAUGACAGUGUAACAGUUGCCUACCUAAAUGUUUGGCCUUUGUAGUGUGAUGCAGCGCGUCUUGAGGCAGUUCAACCAGCUUUCCAAACGUUCAAACUUAGCCUACUAAAUUGUCACUGAAUUAAAAUGGGUUGCACCACACAAACUAAGUCUUAUUAAAAAGUUAGGUGUAGCUGUUUCAGAGCAAACUCUCUUUUUCCAUUUAUGCAGAUUUAAAUGAAACAAAGUUAUAACCACGUUUAUAAAGGAUUUACAGUUAAAUGAAAUAGAGAUUGUCCCCCAAAACUGUCUUUGACAGCUAUGCUAUAGCUAUGCUACAGUGGCUUCCUAUGUUACAGUGAUUAGACAGUACUACAGUAGUUUCCUAUUGACCAGUUUUCACAGUUAAGACAUUCCCCAUAUUCCAAUGGGACAACACAAUUUAGAAAAUCAGUAGUUUGAAAAUAGCUCAUAGUUACUCAGACCUUCUGAAUGACUUAACACACAAACUCAGUAAUUUAGACAUAUCUGGGUUUGUCCAGUCCUGCUCCUUUCCCCUGAAGGUUAAUGUUAUAUUUCAGAAUUAGAAUCAUUCUGAUGCUAGGAGAGCUGAUUUUUAUCUCAAGCAAGGCUGCACAAUAAGAAAUAAAACGAACUGGCAGAUCCUUCAGAGAGAUGCUGACAGCU